AUGCCUAACACCGACAAGGAACAUCCCGAGAAGAAAGAUCCACCAAAGGGUCCUAUACCCGUAAAGAAUAAGCCCAUUCAAGAGAAGAAAUAUCAAGGUAACCCAAAAAAAGAUUUUAAUAAGAAUACUCAUGCGAAGAAGAAAAAUAGCAAUCGUGGCGACGGAGGAGCCAAUAAAACCCAUGGCAGACGCUCACAACGAAUGAAUGAGAUGGGAUCAAAUUUUGAUCUGUCAAUCGAAGAGGAAAUAUCAAGUGGUAAUUUUAAAUUGAAAGGAAGAAAGACACAAGUAUCUAUCAAUCAUUUGUUAGAUUUCCAAUUACCUGAUGUAGAACGUAGGAAUGAAAUGAAUAGGAGGACCAAUAAUAGAUCAAGGCGAGGUCACAACAAUGAACAACAACAUCAUGUUCAUUUACAUGGCGAUUCUUUUAUCAACGUUAAUUACAGAUUAUUAGUGGAUGAUAAAUUUGAUUAUAAAGAACAAAGUAAUAACCCAAAUUCUUUAGUUCCAGAUGAUAAAAUAGUUAGAGUCGUUGUUCCAAAGGGCCAAAAUUGUCCCAUUUGUUUGACUGAUGAUCCUGUGGCUCCAAGAAUGGUUACAUGUGGCCAUGUUUUCUGUGCGAGUUGUCUUUUGCAUUUCUUUUCUAUUGAAGAAACUAUAAAGAAUCCGGAAACUGGCUACGUGAAGAAAAGAAAGUAUAAAGAAUGUCCACUUUGUAGUAGUAUUAUACGACUUGAAAAAGUUAAACCUGUUCUAUUUGAAAAUAAUUCUGUCUUCCAAGAAAACGAAAAAAAGCCAGAACCAGGGAUGAAGGUAACUUUUGAUUUAAUGUGUAAACCACGUUCUUCUAUGCUACCGUUACCAGUCCGAUUACGUGUUGAUCCUUUACAAACUGGAGAUUUCCCCAGUUAUGAUCUUAAGGAAAUAAUACCCUAUGCACGAAUUAUUAAAUGCAACCCUCAACAUGCCGUUAAAUUCUAUCAAGAUGAUCUUGAGUCAAUUAAUCAACAAUACGACAUUGAUAGAGCCCUUUAUAAUGAUGACAAUCAAUAUGUUAAGAAAGUAUUAGAGGAUAUUGAUUCCAAAAUCAUUGUCGCAUUAACUGAAGAUGAAACCGUUGGAACCACAAUGGAUUCCUCUGUGUUAUCUGAUUUCUCUAAUCUGAAAUUAGAAACUGAGUUAUUGAAAAAUUAUGAUGAUUCGGUAGCGUUUUUCUUUUAUCAAACUUUUUUCCAAUCACCAACAAAAUAUUUCCUUUCACCAUUAGACAUUAAAUUAUUAUUAGCCUGUUUCCAAAAUUAUUCUAAAUUCCCAGAAACGAUGACGGUCGCCAUAGAAAAUAUACAUUAUGGAUCCAUUGUAACAGAACAAUUUAUUCAACGUUAUAAAUACGUAGGUCAUUUACCAAUUGGCACUGAAAUUGCAUUAAUAGACAUUGAUUGGAGAAAUGUUCCGUUCAUUCCUAAGGAAAUCUAUAAUCAAUUUGCAAUUGAAUUGAAACAACGUAGAAGAAAAUCAAAUAUGAAAAAGCAAAGAGAAGAUAAAGAUAAAAAAAUUUAUGAGCAAGAAAUUGAAAGACAACAAGCUGAAUUUUAUAGGAAAGAAAAUAAUGAUAUAUCAUAUCAUGAAAUGAUGGAUAGUUUUUCUUCAAUACGGAAUUCUCCUGGUCUAUUGGACUCUUUAACAAACACACCUCAUAGAUCACCAUCCACAACGGCGGCUUCCACAUCCAACGCUACUACUACUAGCGUAAACGAGAAAUCCAAGAAAAGUUAUAAAGAGAAAACAAUUUGGGGCACUUCAAUCUCUGUCAUACCAGAUGAACGAACGUCAAAAGAAAAUGAAGAAUUCGAGAAAAUGUUGUUAAGUAGAAUGAACAAAGAAAAGUCAGAAGAGAAUGUAUCAUCUCCAGCAGAUAUUGAGUCACUUGAAUCAAGCGGGAAAAAGAAGAAAAAUAAUAAAAGGAAAGGCAAAAUUAUGCUUUUCAGUAACAAUCAUCAAACAUUUUGA